AUGGCCGGCGGCGAAUGGGACAUUAAUGAUGCGCACAUCCCAUUCAUCCAGGAGCUGGCGUACGAAAAAUUUAACGAAUGGGCCGACGGGCACGUACGGCACGUCUAUCAUCCGACGGACGAUCACGCUCGCAAGCACAUCUCCGGAUGGGCGAUGCGUAACACCAACAAUCACAACGUUAGCAUCCUGAAGAAAAGUUGUCUCGGUGUGCUUAUCUGUACCGCUCGCUGUAAGCUACCGAACGGGGGACAAAUCAAUCUACGACCUGCCAUCUGUGAUAAGGCACGCCGGAAGCAGCAGGGACGGGCCUGCCCCAAUCGGCACUGUAAGGCAGGCCGGUUGGAGGUGUUGCCGUGUCGGGGACACUGUGGAUAUCCGGUCACUCACUACUGGCGCCACACGGAGAAAGCGAUCUUCUUCCAGGCGAAGGGCAACCAUGACCAUCCGAAGCCAGAAUCGAAAACGUCCGGUGAGACGAGAAAGCUGAUCGGUGCGACGGGAAGUGGUGGUGCGAAGGGUUCGGCGGGUAGGAGUAAAAAGCUGUCCGUACUUUUGCUGAGAGAUGCGGCACUAGGCAAUAAGUUAAUGUCACUUAAAACAUCCAGUAAGGUGCACGGUACUUCGGGGCCAGAAAUUCUUCAACCACCGCCAUUGAUUCCUGAUCCCAGUUAUGAAGACUCCUCAAAGUGCUCAACAUGCACCCGAACACCGUGUGUCUGUAGAACCAAACUUGGAGUCACCUCUCUGUCUUCGUCCCUCUCAAGAACUUCUGAAGCAACGGGGAUAUUUUUCGAUCCUUCAAACCAACAAACGAACCUUCAGAAUCAUCAUCAUCACCAUUCCAGUGGGACAUGGCAAUCAUACGAACCCAACAUGGAAUCCUUUACACCGUCCUCCGCAUACGACACAACGGUUCCUGCCAAUGGUUCCUGCAAUUCUAGCCUAAUGAACGAGUGUUUCCAUCCAGAAGAAAUCUUCCAGCUUGAUCAGCCUCUUCGACAACAACAGCAGCCUCAGCACCAGAACACUAGCGGUAGUGCAUCUGCUAUAGUUAAUCAACUGGCUACGACGACUCCUACCACUCUGCUCGAUCUUGGUAGUGGAGCUAUCUACAAGAAGUGUAACCAGAUUAGCCCCGAGUACAUAUUUGGAACGAAUCCUGUCACCAACACGGGUGCUGAUCCGUUAACCGGGAAUUAUCACUCAUCGAACCUAUCCUGUUCUUACGGAACUCCUGCAAAUGAUGGCUGUAACGCACCGGUAACGUCAGACCAUCACAACUCCCUACACAACAGCAAAUACUUCGCUAAUAACGAUACUGGCUUCAGCAAUCCUUCCCAUGAUGAUACUUCUUCCAAGGAUUUAUUAAGAUACAUCAAAAAAGAAAUUGGUUCAACCACGGCGGGGAAGCCCGUUGCGCUAGCAGAUUCCUCCCUAACUGUGUCACGAUCACGACCGUACGACUGUGAUCAGAACCAAUACAAAAAAGCACCCUACCCCUUCCGAGGGACAUCCACCGGCACCUACUUUAGCAACAGUGUCAACAACAAUAGUAGCAGCAUCAUUAAUAACAAUAGCAUAACCUCGGUGAUAUCACCCAACAAACAGGCUAAUUAUGACCAUCUUGCCAGCGAAGCAUCCUCUGUCAAUUACGGCUAUCACCCGGCGGAUCAUCAUACCACCCCGCCCGAGAGUCAUGCGAACUCCAACUUCUCCGAUCAGCAACCAUAUAGUGCGAGCAGUUGUAGCUAUAUGAGUGCAGCGAUGGCCGGAGCAUCGCACAAUCAGGAGAUACACUACUCCUAUGCUGCCGGUGAUAAUUAUCGAUUUGGGAGUAAUUACGUAAAGGGUUCGUCCCUUGCGCCCAUUCAUGGUGGAGGUGGUGGUGCAUCGUUUCAAGCGACUGCAGUGCAACAAAUGCAUCCGGAGCUACCACUAGCGGCGUAUGAGUUUUAUUAG